AUGGUAAAUCAUCAAGAGCACGAGGUGAGCAACGGUGUUGUUUUGAUAGCUUUUGGGGGUCCUUCAUCAAGUGGUAAAACAACAGUUGCGAGAACUAUCCAAUCAUUGAUUCCUCAAAAGACAAAAUUGAUACAUUUAGAUGAUUUUUAUUUAACUGAUUCUAAAAUUCCAAUUGAUUCAAAAACAGGAUAUCAAAAUUGGGAUUGUCCUGAAGCUCUUGAUUUUAAAAAGUUCAAGAAAUAUUUGGUUGGUUUAAAGAAUGGGGAAGAGCCAAUCAGUGUCGAAUCAAUUCAACCUAAAGAUACUGAUUUAAAAUUGAACGAAGAAGAGUCAUCACAAAUACGGCACGUAAUUGAUUCAAAUCUUAAAAAAUUUGAUAAUAAAAAGAUUGUAUUUGUUGAUGGUUUUAUGUUAUUUCAUGAUCCUUCAAUAAUAAAAUUAUUUGAUAUAAGUUUAUUCUUUCAUGCAACAUUCGACACAUUAAAGACGAGAAGAGAUGCUAGAAAAGGUUACAAUACAGCAGAAGGAUUUUGGGUUGAUCCUCCAAACUAUUUUAAAUCAAUUGUAUGGCCUGCAUAUGAAGAAAGUCACAAGCAUUUAUUCAUUGAUGAUGACAUAAAUAAAAACUUGAAACCCGAUUUAUUGAAAACUUAUAAAAUCAAGGAAUUGAAUAAUGGAGAAAGUCAAAAUUUAUUCAGUCUAGUUACAAAUGCAUUAAAUUUCAUAAUAGAUAAUUUAUAG